AUGGAGAACUCAACCCAAGUCAAUUUAUUUUAUCUUUUUGGCUUACAAGAGACAUUUAACAACAAAUCAAUAUAUUUUAUCUUGUCUCUUAUCACAUACCUUCUCAUCAUCACUGUGAAUCUGACUCUGAUCAUAACAGUCAUUCAGGAGAAAGGUCUCCAUGAGCCCAUGUAUAUCUUUCUGUGUAGUCUAUGUGUCAAUGGAUUGUAUGGAACUGCUGGUUUCUACCCCAAGUUGUUACUGGACCUUCAGUCAGAUGUUCAGGUGAUAUCUUAUGGUGGAUGUUUCACUCAAGCCUAUGUCAUAUACACAUCUGUCAUGUGUGAAAUUUCUACUCUAACGGUGAUGUCUUACGACAGGUAUGUGGCAAUAUGUAGACCACUACUAUAUCAUACCAUUGUGACAUCUUUAACUGUUAGAAAGUUACUCUUAUUUUCUUGGUGUUAUCCUUUAUUUAUAUCACUAAUAGCACUUAGUUUAACAGUCAGACUUCCUUUGUGUGGAUCUCGCAUUGAUAAGAUCUUCUGUGACAAUCCAUCUAUACUGAAACAUGUUAUAGCAGCUGUUUUGGUGAACCCCUCCCGCAUCUGA